GUUGGUUCCGCAUUUCGGGUCUACGAGGUGUGGAAGGCUGCUUGGCAGGACGCUGCGGUCUGAGCUUGCUCGUGGCGCCUGGAACCCAGUUCCAAACCCGGGUCGUGAAGCCUCGGCCGCCCUGCCGAAGCGCGGACCGUCCGCCGCUUCCCGGUGUCCGCGGCGGCGCCGAGUCUUGACUGGGGCGGGGGCAGCGGCCCCUCGGGCUAACGAGGAUGAGCUUCCUCUUCAGCAGCCGCUCUUCAAAAACAUUCAAACCGAAGAAGAAUAUUCCUGAAGGGUCCCAUCAGUAUGAGCUCUUAAAACAUGCAGAAGCAACUCUAGGAAGUGGCAAUCUGAGGCAAGCUGUUAUGUUGCCAGAGGGAGAGGACCUCAAUGAAUGGAUUGCUGUGAAUACUGUGGAUUUCUUCAAUCAGAUCAACAUGCUGUACGGGACCAUUACGGAAUUCUGCACGGAGGCCAGCUGCCCAGUCAUGUCUGCAGGGCCCAGGUAUGAAUACCAUUGGGCAGAUGGCACCAAUAUUAAAAAGCCAAUCAAGUGUUCUGCACCAAAAUACAUUGACUACUUGAUGACUUGGGUUCAGGAUCAGCUUGAUGAUGAAACUCUUUUUCCUUCAAAGAUUGGUGUCCCAUUUCCCAAAAACUUUAUGUCUGUGGCCAAGACUAUUCUGAAGCGUCUCUUCAGGGUUUAUGCCCACAUUUACCACCAGCACUUUGACUCCGUGAUGCAGCUGCAGGAAGAGGCCCACCUCAACACCUCCUUUAAGCACUUUAUUUUCUUUGUUCAGGAGUUUAAUCUGAUUGAUAGGCGUGAGUUGGCACCACUUCAGGAAUUAAUUGAGAAGCUUGGAUCUAAAGACAGAUAAAUGUCUCUUCUAGAACACAGUUAUCCUCUUCUUGCUUUAUCUACUGCUAGCACUCUCUCAUUGCCAUUUGGUAUGGACUAGUGAUACUGACUAUAAGAAAGCAGGAUCAAAAGACCCAUUGUGUCUGCAGAGAAAAUUGUCCCAAAGGUAGGUUGACCGGAUAGCUUCAGAACAAUCCUGUGACACAGCCAAAUCAGAGUUGCUGUGUGGCCACCACUGUUAUUGUUAGUGUCCUUUGUUUUAACCUCAUGACUAACCUGCAGUUUGUUAUUGAGCUUUGUUCAAGAAAGUGAUUGAGUUUUUCUGUGUGACAACAUAAUGGACAUUAAGUUUUCAGCAGU